CAGGCACACGCACACAACCGCUCUCGCUCACACACGCACACGCACACACACACACACAUCCAUACACACAAACUUCACAGCUGGUGUGCCUUCCUCCAGCAGAGACUGACAGAAGCAGGGCGACCGCUUUAAGCUGCGAGCGCUCAUCUCUCCUCUCCGCCACCGGCGCGUCUUUCCCCGCUCUUAUGAAAAACUUUGAAGGGCUGAGGGGCGAAAUGUACACGAAAAUCGUUUAGGGAAAAAAGAUAAAGAAAGAUCAAGUCCGAGAAGAGCGGUGGAGCCGGGAGAAAGAGGGAGCUAUGCCAUCUCCCGCCGAGCGGAGCCCAGUCCUCCUCAGUUGCGUGUCGGAUCUACAGCAUGGUGCCUCUUUCUGGACUCUGGAGCCGCUGCCUCGCCCCGGGGAGAGCCCGUCACCUUUUCAUCUCUGUCAGAGUGCUCCCGCUGCUGCUUCUGCUCCUGCUGACUCCCUUCUCCUCUGCCGAGACCUGCUUCCCUCACCCGGCGCCCUGUCACAUCUUGGCACGGAUCGGACACAGCGUGCGCCUCGGUGCGCUCCUGCCGACCCGCCAGCCGGCGCGGAUACAGAACGCGCUCAACCGCGCCCUGGCGAGUAUCCGGCACCAGAGCGGCGGGACGGACUCCACCACCGCUUCCGCACAGCCGGCCCCUCUGCUGCCCUACAACCUGACCCUGGAGAUGGUGGUGCGGUCGCCGGCGGGGUGGGACCCGGAGUCGUUGUCCCACAGCGCCUGUCAGGACCUUGUGAUCAGAGGCGUGACAGCCGUGCUCGCCUUUCCACACUCCAGGGAGGAGCUGAUCCAGGUGGAGUUCCUCUCCUCUUUCUUGGAGAUUCCUUUCGUGUCCAUCCUGGAGGACACGGAACCCCUUGUGACUAAGAACCGGUUUCACCUCCAAAUGUCGGCCCGUGUACCUCCUUCAACCCUUGGCAGCCUGCUGCUGGCGGUCCUGCAGAGUGGGGACGGGGACAGGGACAGAGGGAGCCGAGGAGAAGGCAGAUGGGGAGGAGCAGCUGUGAUCUGCCCUGGAUGGGAUGAAGGCAGCGACGGCUUGCUGACUCACCUGCAGAGGCACAGCGGUCCUGCUUGGCAUUUGUGGGAUAUCAUCAACCUGACGCUCAUCACCGGCGGCAAAGAGAGAAGGGGGGAGGCCAGCGAGGAGAGGAGGGAGGAUCAAAUGGAAGAAGAGGCUUUGAACAUCAUCUCUUCCAGUUUCCUGCGCUCCCCCUCGCCGAUCUCCUCCGUGCUUCUCAUGGGAUCUGACCCGGAGUGUCUCUCAUCUGUCCUGCGAGCCGCUCAGCGCCUUGCCCCGGUACUUCCAGCGCUGCAGUGGAUCAUGGGAUAUCCUUUGUCCCCUGAUUCACUGCACACUCUGGGAGGUCCCCUUGGACUGCUGGCCUAUGGGGAGGUGGGACGCAAGCCGAUAAGCUUCUACAUACGGGACGCCCUCCAGCUGGUAGGCCGAGCAGUCACUACGGCCACCAUGGUGAAGCCGGAGUUGGCGCUGGUUCAGAAUUUGGUGAACUGUUACGACAAACCAAACAGGCAUGAACUGCCGUCUUCUGGACAGUAUCUUUCCAGGUUUCUGUCCAACAUCUCUUUCGCUGGCUCUACGGGACUGAUCCAAGUGGAUGCUGAUGUUUCUCGAGUCCUUUCCUCCCAACUGUUCCACGUAUGGAGUCUUAAAAGAGGUGCGCUGGGUCAGCCAGCGUGGGUUACUGUAGGACAGUGGACGCGUGGUCGACUAGAACUUGAGGGAGGCAUUUUGGGACUGGUGGGAGGGCUCGGCAACAGCCAGGGACAAGGCCUUGGAGCUGGUGUCAGAGGAGGGGAUGGUCAAGGGGAUGGCUAUUUUGGAGGACACUGGAGACCAGGACUUUCCGUCGAGGGACACCGCCUCCGUGUGGUGACGUUGGUUGAACAUCCAUUUGUCUUCACAAGGGAGGUCGAUGAGGAUGGGUUGUGUCCAGCAGGUCAACUUUGUCUGGAUCCUAAAACCAAUCGGACUGAUGUAAUCAAUGGCCUCUUCAACCAGCUUCACAACCCCAACUCUACAGUGACAGACUGGGAAGGAAUUGAUUUGCCUGCGGAUCUAAGGAAAUGCUGCUAUGGGUACUGCAUUGACUUGUUGGAGAAACUGGCAGAGGAUAUGGGAUUUACCUUUGACCUUUACAUUGUGGGAGAUGGAAAGUAUGGCGCGUUGAGCGGGACGGGACGCUGGACUGGCCUUGUGGGGGACCUCUUGAAUGGAACAGCUGACAUGGCCGUCACCUCUUUCUCCAUCAACUCUGCCAGGAGCAGAGUGAUAGAUUUCACUUCUCCCUUUUACUCCACCAGUCUGGGAAUUCUGGUUCGUAGCCGGGACACGGCAGCACCCAUUGGAGCCUUCAUGUGGCCGCUCCACUGGUCCAUGUGGGUGGGCAUUUUUGUUACGUUGCACCUCACAGCGCUCUUCCUCACCUUGUAUGAGUGGAACAGCCCAUUUGGCAUGACCCCCCAUGGCAGAAACAGGCUGCGUGUGUUCUCCUACUCGUCUGCCCUCAAUCUCUGCUACGCAAUACUCUUCGGACGCACCGUCGCCACCAAGACUCCCAAAUGCUGGACGGGACGCUUCUUGAUGAACCUCUGGGCUAUUUUCUGCUUACUGGUGCUGUCAAGCUACACAGCCAACCUUGCUGCUGUUAUGGUUGGAGAGAAAACCUUCGAGCAGGUUUCAGGAAUUCAUGACGACAAGCUGCACCAUCCCUCUCUGGGCUUCCGCUUUGGGACGGUGAGGGAGAGCAGCGCCGAGGACUACAUGAAGAAGAGUUUCCCAGAGAUGCAUGACUACAUGAGACGUUUCAACCAGCCCACAACGCCAGAGGGUGUGCACAUGCUAAAGACAGAUCCUCCGGCUCUGGAUGCAUUCAUCAUGGAUAAAGCCCUGCUCGACUUUGAGGUCUCCAUUGAUGCAGACUGCAAGCUGCUCACAGUGGGGAAGCCUUUCGCCAUUGAAGGCUACGGCAUAGGCCUUCCCCAGGGCUCUCCUCUGACCCGCAAUGUGUCAGAGUUUGUGAGUCGCUACAAGUCUGACGGCUUCAUGGACAUGCUGCAUGACAAAUGGUAUAAGGUUGUACCCUGCGGAAAGAGAGUCUUUGCAGUCACUGAGACUCUGCAGAUGGGCAUCCAGCAUUUUUCAGGUCUGUUUGUGUUGCUGUGCAUGGGUGUCGGCGGAGCUCUGCUGACCUUGGCAGGUGAACACACCUUCUAUCACCUGGUGGUCCCCCGCCUCCGGCGCUCCAACACCCUGCAGUACUGGCUGCACACCAGCCAGAAAAUCCACAGAGCGCUCAACACUACAUAUGAGGAUGUCGGGAAGGAGCUGACCGGCCUUGACCAAAAGCCCUCCUCUUGUAUCUCAGAAAACUGUACCUUACACAGGAAACAGCAUCAGCCUUCUCCGCCGUCCCCUCCCACAUCCCUCCCUGCUUCCACCACAGCUGGUGAAACCGGAAGCUCCUCGCCGUCUCAUGAACCCAAGGAGAAACGCGUACACUUUGACCUGGACACGCUUCACAGCUACCGCUUGCGCACGCACACAGCGUCGGUGCGUGGUCGGCCGGGCAUGGUCGGCCGUCCUGGCCUCGGUCUGGGAGGGUUUGGUUUUGGCAGCCUGGGCAGCUUUACCUCCCCGCCUCAGAUCAAUCUCCAUGUCAAUGGAGGUCCGGUCUCUACCCUUACGUCCACAGGUUUGGUCCUCUCUCCCCUGGGAAAUAGGGCUACUCAGACCAGCCUGUGGGAGGGGGAACUGCAGGAGCUUCAGGUGAAGAUCGAGACCUUCCGCAACCAGCUGAGAGAAGCUCUGGCUCGAAGAGCUGAGAUCCAGACCAGCCUGGACAGAGAGAGGAGCGGGCUGGUACGAAGGGACACCAGUCUGGACAGGGAGAGAGACAGACAGAGGGUCCAGACUAUCAACACAGACAGAAGCAGUUCCACCCUGUCCAAACUCCCAGAAAGAGACAGGACCAGCCAACUGCAAACCUUGAACAAUCAGCAGACAGGAAGGCCCAGCCAGACAGCUGGGGCUGGUACCGCGGGGCUUGGACGGACCAGCCAAUUAAACACAGUGAACAGUUUGGACAGAGGAAGAGCCACUCAAUCACGCCCCGUCGUCACUGUGACAGGAGAAAGGACUGUCCAGUCCCGCACUUCGAGUUUGGAGCGAAGUCAAGUUAACCAACAAGGUGCUGGGAACAUAACUGUCCAGACAAGGAACGCUUCUAGCCUGGACAGACAGAAGGCCAACCUAUCACGCACUCUGAACACUUUGGAGAGGACAAAAGCCAACCAGUCAAGUGUAAGCAGUGGAACCUGAUUGGUUCUCUGAAGCCUUCUGGUGUGCAGGAAUUAACAGAGAACUAGUCAGGUGGAGCUAGCACAGCCGCGGGAAGAUGGCUCAGAACAGAUUCUGGUCAUUUCACCCUUUUGCCAUUUUGUAGCUUUUGCAGCUUUGGUCUUUUUCUAGCUGACCUUUUCAGGUUUGAAAUGGAGCCUUAUGCCACAGGAUGUUUUAUACUGUCCCCGAGUCACCUGAACACCACACUAACUAAUUUCAAAUAUAUCCAACUUACAUUCUGCUGGAAGAAAAUGUGACUCAAAUUGGAAAUAUGAGACAUCUUGGUGUGAUUAGAGGUAACAAGGGUUGAUCUCAAAGAUCACAAAUGUGCCCCCCUUUUAUGAGUUUCUUGUGUUUUGUUAUACCAAGUCAAAUUUUAAUACAAGAUUAUGAUAACCAGAGUAAAUACAAUCAGCUGGUAAAAAAAAAAAAAAAAGAUUCAUAAAACAUGAAUCACUUCAUGUUUUAAGAGAAUAAGCAACCUGGCUCUAAGUGAAAAUUUAGUGCAUAAUCCUUUAAAUGUCUCUCAGUGAGGAUCAAAGACACAACCUGGCAUACAAUGAUUUAACUGGACAGAUAUUAUGCAAAGAAGUGACAAAACGGCAAUGAAUGAAUUGGCAAAGGGGUGAAUUGACACGAUUCGGUUGGAGUUCAUUGGGGGGUUUUUUAGUUCAGGGGUGAGAUGUCAGAAAGUUUAUUCACAAUUUCAUUUGUAGCAAUCCACCUAAUUUCAACAAUUUCCACUCUCACUUCGAUUUAUACCCAGAGACAAACGCAAAGCUGAUUCUUGAGCGAUGAUGAAACUUCCACAUUUACCCAGCAAUAACAACAAAAAAAAACUAGUCUUAGGGAAAGCAGCAGCAAUUGCGACGGUGUCUUAAUCUUCCAAAUCAGAUAGAUUAAAACUGGUAGAAGAAAAACAAGUGAACUUUUGGUGGCUUUUCACAUCAAGAUCGAUUAACCACAACUGAUUAAAAAGAAGAUGGCCUCUGGCAACUACAUAAUCAGUGGCAAGAGGGCAGAAAAUCUAUUUUAAUCAAAUUAAAAGGUGACUAACCAAAUUAAAAAUUUGAAGUGCAAAACACCAGCCUGACACAAGAAUCUGCAGAAAGCGAGGUCGAAAAGAAGAAACUAUAAGGAUGGAGACUUUAAAUCGCUAAAUUUAAUGGACUCAAACUGUAACUGUCUUGAUAUUAUAGCCUGUCCUUAAAUAUUUUCUAUUUUUUUCUCUCUCUCUGCUAAAUAAGACAUAACAGGUGAAUGUUUCACGGGUAAUGGAAAUGGAUGACAUCGGAAUAUGAUUUACUUCAUCCAAUGUCUUGUUCUCUCGCUCUCUCAUUUUACUUCUUCAUUUUUUUCUGAGGUGAGAUCAAACAACACACAGAGGCCAGCUUUCUACGUAUGCAAGACGUAGAAACCUGGCCUCUGUGUGUUUCAGAUCAAAAAGGAGGAUGCUGUGUAAAACAUAAAUGCAAAUAAUAUGUGAAGGAGAAGACACACGAAAAAAUAAUAAUAAAAUCCCAAACACAUUCUGCACUCUGGAAACUGCUGCGUGUACAAUCCAUUUGAUCUCACCUGUGAAAUAUGGACAUAUCUGGUGCAGAAACUCCUUAAUACAAUGGAAAUAUGAAAUAUUUACUUUUCUUAAGUCAAAAACCUUUUGGUUUAAGGAUAACCAGGGUGUCAAAAAAUACAUGCAAAACCCCCCCCAAAAAAACAAGAAAAAUCAGACAGGAUGAUUUUUUUUGUUUUGUUUUACAUAUAUUUUAGUAUAAAAAUUUUUCUUAGAUUUGUUACAGCAAAGGGACAAGGAUUCUGACAUUGCUUCCAAAACAUGCCAAUGCCGGUGCUAAUUAAGAGGUGGAGACAAAAACGCUUUUGAAAAACAAACAUUUACAUAUUUACAUUCCACUUUAACGACCUAAGUCCAAAGCCAAACAAUAAUUCAGACCCAAACGCCGUCCAACCCGUCUCCUCUCCCUCCAGUCAACGUGGGGGGUUUUAACUGAGAGAGAGAUUGAACACACUACUUCCUCGUCAGCGCUGCUCGUAGGCCCGUUUCCAUGACAACGCAUGACCAGGUGACCUCUGAGAGCAGGAGAGAGUGAUGAGAGAGAAAAAAUGUUUUGAAGUUCAAUUAAUAAACUGGUAAAUCACAUUUAAGCCCUUGCAAGUAGAGCAACACAAAUCAAAAGAAGUGCAUUUAUGAAUUAAGACGUACAUAAAUGCAACACCUCACUUUUAUUUUUUUUUUACCAAUUCUUUUGUCUAAAUGUGACUGAAUAUAGGUAGCACUAGCUUUCCUUGGCAGGUAAAAGAGCAGACUAAAGUCAUUAAAACGGUCGACUGAAUUAAAUAUGACUAUUUAUUGUUUCUGACCUGCGUAAGACCUACAUGUAUGUCACUGUUUGGCACUGAUAAGGCUUUUUCUUGUCUCUCUUAAAUAAUCCAAUAAGUUAGAAUUACCCAACAGCAUAAACGCAGCAUUUGGGUGAAACAAAUAUUUCACUUUUACCUUACUUUUGAAAUAUCUUUCCAGUCCUAUAGUCAUUCUUGCAACUGCCUGGGACAGUAAUUAAACAUCAGAGCGAUGUAGACAUUUAAUGCAGUUGUAAUUGCCGAAACAGCGAGCAAGAGCUGUAAAUACACAGAUGAAACGUACUGUAAUAACCAGUCUUUCCAACUGAACAGAUUGGUCCUGUUUUAUGGCUUUUAAAGCUUUAAAACUUUACAUCUCUUUCACUGUUUUUGGUUGCAGUCAAUUUCCGUUUAAGUGCCUGUUGUUAAAAGAGUUAAAAGCUGCUCAUUUUUGCUGAGAUCCUGAAUUAUAUGCAGCGAUUGUGCAUGCAGUCACCAGCAGGAUAGAAGAGUCGUCUCCAUGAACAGGUUUCAGCUCGCUGUUGCAGACCGCCAGCAUUAUUCAGUUUGUGAGCAUGCACAGUAAUUAAAUCAGAUGAGAAGUUCUUUGUCAGUGCUUAAAACAUUUUUUUUUUUUUGCAGUUCUGUUCAAGAGUAGAUGUUUUACACAGCGUCCCAGAUCUUCUUGGAAAGUUAGUUGUGCAAUAUAUUGCAAAGGCUGAAAGCACAUGUAUAUGUACAGGUAAAAAAGCUGCUGCUGAAAAAUCCACUGAGGUGGUUUGACCCAUCAGAGAUUUGGUUAUCUCAGCUUUUUUUUUUUCUUUUUUUUUAAAACACAUUAGGUUUUUAUUAUCCUCUUUUUCCUCAUGCCUCUUCCAACCCCAAUCCUUUUAAGGUGCAAUAUUAAAUUACUACAAAGUACCUUUAAUUAAAAUCCCAUCCCAUUCCUGCUCAUUCUAUUUAGGGUUUGACAGCUUGCAAAAACCAAGUGCAUUAUUAGGAUUAUGGAAGAAAUUAUUAUAACAAAAAUAUGGCUCCAGAAACCUUGCCAUUGGGACCUCGGCUUGUUUUGUGCGCCCUUCCUUUUUAAACAUGUCUGCUUUUCAUUUUGUGGACGCUCCUGCAGGUAUCCAGUUGCCCACUAGAGGGAGAUGCAUCCCUGCUUCCCAGUGGCUAUGGAAACCUGGAGAGGUUCCAGGGAGAUAUUUUUGAUUAACAAAACAAAUUAAUCAGUUCACGUGGUUCGCGUAUAAAGAAAUAACGGCAUGUAAAAGGUGCAUUCAUAAACUUUCUUCUGGUCUCUCCAGCAUCUUAACAAUGCAGUUACACUUAUUGUCUUGAGAUUCUCAAUCUCUUCAAGCAGAUUUCAGAAAUCUGAAAACACCCACUGAUAUCACCUUGAUGAGUAUUUUUUUAUUAUUAUUUGGUGAUACUAAUGUACAUUUUAGCGGCUCAACCUUUGCUGUGGUGUGAAGUGGUUGUGUUCACAUACCAUGGUGUCUUCAAGGACGUCAAAUAUUUUAGGACUUUUGUCAAGGAAAAAGCUUGUGGUACUGGAUACUUAAAGAGAUACUUUUAAAUUAUCACUUAUUAAAGUAAUAUCGACAUAUUAAUAAAUUUUAUGCAUAAAUGGACAUUCUCAUGUUUUGAAAUAAACAUUUAUAUACUGA